AUGAUUGAGCGCGUCGAAACCACAAACACCCAAGCAAAAAAGGAAGGGAGGGGCGUGAGAGAAGAGAAGGACGAUCAAGGGGCCGGCGGAUCGAAUCAACGGAUCGGAAGGCCAAAGGAGAGGCAGAUGAAGAUAUGCGGAAGAGAGCGGACGGAAGAAGCAAACAAACAAAAAACGGGGUGCAGAGGAAGACGUCAAGCCCCCGUGCGAAGAAAUGGAGAGAGUGAGAUUGGGGUGGGUGAGGAGGAGGAAGGAAGCGCAGCGCAGGAAGGAAGCGUCGGGAUUCAGGAUGAUGGCUUUUUGGCGUUGGCCUGGGCGCUGGACUCUGGCGGGCACCAAAGACGCCUAAACAGAGGAGACGGGUCCCGCCGUGCCAGGGAAGACCCCCGAGACUCUGGGUUGGCGUUCCAUGGCAAGGCCCAUGGCAGGGUUUCGUGUUGCGCCUGUGCCUGUCGUGGGGUGGUCUUGGGGUUGUUGUGCAGCGUGCCUUCCUUGUGUACGCAGUAUGCAGUCCAGGGUUUGAUCGCUAAAAAGGCGUUGGCACUAGGAUGGGAAGGGUGCUCCGGGGCUACGGCCGUCGUGCCUUCUCAAGGCAGGAAACCUUGUGCUCAAAAGGCCCCCGGCCCCUCAGACCAUAUCUGUCAGAUGGAGCUGCGAGCUCGCAAGGCCGGCGGCAUCGGGGAGGCUCAAACGGUCGUCCCUAGUCGCAGAUUGAUUGAUGAUCUCAGGGGUGCUAUGGACGGAGCACACAGUAAUAAGAGGAGUCAACGUAAACCAGGGAACCGGUGCGAUGAUGACACACAGGACACCGGCACACGAUACACAGACUCGAGGCAAGAAGUUAGAGGUUGCAGAGGCGGUUGCUCGACAGCCAACCAAGACAAGACGCCCCUCACAAAGAUGGAACACUUCGAAAUGACCAUGUUUAUGCUGGAAGAACGAUAG